UUCACGCCGGGCCCUGACCCCGCGCUGACCCGGUGACGCUUCUGCCAUUCAGAGGCAGUUUUGCGGACCAAUCCCAGCGCGUGGAGUGUCCUCUUCCUUUUGUCCCUUCGUCCCUUCGGCUCCUCGGCAUUUCCCGUGGCCCGGCCUCAUCCGGCUUCCCUCAGGCCCGGCGUCGCUGCUGGGUGUAAUUUCCCAGAUUUCUCCUCAGCCACUUCCGGGUCUCCGGUCGUUCCGGAAGCCCGCCAAUUCCGGAAGCGAGGGCGACCCAGAUUCGGCCGGCCAGGAACCGCGCGGCUUUCGGGAGAAUGGUUGAGGAGAGGCGGUGCGGCGCCCGGGCGCUCCGCAGAGCCCGCAGCUCAUGGCAAGUAUGAGGCAAAGGUCUCUUGAAGCAGAUGUGCAGCAGAACUCUCUACCAACUUUUGGUAGGCCGCUGAGUGCUGAAGGGUCCACAGGAACGGAGGAAAGACAGCAUCAGAGAAGAUAUGACUGGCAAAACAGAGAAUAUGCAGAGUGCAAACAGAGUGCUGAGGAUAAGUCAGUUGGAUGCACUUGAACUGAAUAAGGCCCUGGAGCAGCUCGUGUGGUCCCAGUUUACUCAGUGCUUCCAUGGAUUUAAGCCAGGACUGUUAGCUCACUUUGAGCCAGAAGUGAAAGCAUUUCUAUGGCUUUUCCUAUGGAGGUUCACCAUCUACUCCAAAAAUGCCACUGUGGGGCAGUCAGUUUUAAAUAUUCAGUACAAAAAUGAUUCUUCUCCCGACCUGAUAUACCAGCCACCAAGUAAAACUCAGAAACUGUGGUAUGCUGUGUGCACCAUUGGCGGGAGGUGGUUAGAAGAACGAUGUUAUGAUUUGUUUAGAAACCAUCAUUUAGCGUCUUUUGGGAAAGCCAAGCAGUUCAUGAAUUUUGUGGUUGGACUUUUAAAAUUAGGUGAGUUGAUAAACUUCUUGAUUUUCCUACAAAACGGAAAGUUUGCAACUUCGACAGAACGCCUCCUUGGCAUUCAUUCCGUAUUUUGCAAGCCCCAGAACAUGCGCAAAGUUGGCUUUGAGUACAUGAAUAGGGAACUUCUCUGGCAUGGCUUUGCUGAGUUUCUGAUUUUUCUCUUACCACUUAUCAAUAUCCAGAAGUUGAAAGCCAAAUUGUCUUCCUGGUGUAUCCCCCUUACUGGUGCUGCUGGUCAUGACAGUACACUAGGCAGCAGUGGAAAAGAGUGUGCUCUGUGUGGAGAGUGGCCCACAAUGCCUCACACUAUUGGAUGUGAACAUGUAUUUUGUUACUACUGUGUUAAGAGUAGCUUCCUAUUUGAUAUGUACUUUACGUGCCCUAAGUGUGGCACAGAAGUGCACAGUGUGCAGCCCUUGAAAUCAGGAAUUGAAAUGUCAGAAGUAAAUGCUCUUUAGAAACCAAGUUGUUUCCUCUGAGAAAAGUGUAUUGUAUCCAAUUCCUUGGAAUUAGUCAUCCUCAGUGUCAUCUGUAGGUGGCUUUUUAACAGGAAUGUGCUGUACAGCCACUCUCUUCCUUUUCAAGCACAACUCAGUUCUAAUCACUGGAAACUAAAUGAUACUAGAGAAUCUUAUAAAUGUUCAUGUAAUUUUUUAGAUCAUCUAAUACAAUUUUUAAUGUCAAGAAUACUGGAAAUUUUUUGUCAGAUGAAUACUAAGAAUGACUGAGAAUGCUUCUUCAUAGAAAAAGGUCAGGCUCUAAAAAUAAAAGAUUUUUGAGACUCUGGGAUGAUUGUGCACUUAUUUUUGGAGAUAAAGGAACAUUAUAAGCUUACAUCAUAAAACCCUUUUAUGCUGAAUCUCAAGUUCUAAUGUCUCACUGGUAACUAAGCUUUUCCCUGAAGCCAGUUUUCAAGAGGUUCAGAGUUGAAUUCUUACAUUCAAAAUGUAGAAGCUGCUUAAGGCAAGUGAGUUCUGAGGACGAUGGGACAGCUAGGAUGAAGAACUCUAUGUUGUAAGCCUGUCUGGGAUCAGUACUGAUAUUUGCACUAAGCAUAUUGGUAGUCUUAGGAAGUAAGACUAGAGGUCUUUUGUACUAAUAAUAUAGGAAUUCAUAUCAAGUGCCCUUUCCAGUUUUCUCAUUGUUAAACAAUAAUAUGAGAAUAUUGGGACUGUUUUUAAUCCCUUCACCAAGAUAAUAACACUUCUAAAUAUUCUCAGUUUUUAUGUCUUAAUAAUAUGCUAAAAUCCAGUUGGCU